UAUAUUUCUAUAUUUUAGAGUGAUUUUGAACAUAGUUGUAAGUUAUCAGCAUUCAUUAAAAGCUUGGAUAAUAAUCCAGAAAUAGAAAAGGUAUAUAUUGAUAGUUAUUUAAAGUCUGUAAAGGAUAAUCAAAAAGAUACUGUAAGAACAAUUUAUUCUAUGCUCAAAUCUCUAUAUUCUUCUAUAGCAAGACAAGAGGAUAAUAUUAAAUCCUUUUGCUGUUUUUAUUUGAAUUAUUGGCUAAACAAGCAAAGGAAAGAAAAACUAAUAAAUGUUAAUGUUGAUGCAUGGCAAGUUAUUGAAAAAUUAUGGGGUACACUAAAAAAUUCUUCUGUUUCAUGUAAAAGGAAAUAUUAUGACGAACCUUGGGAUGACAUGAAAAAGUGCGUUGAAUUUAUGGUUUACUGCGUAAAUAGGGAUGAACUCCAAAAACAUUGCGAAAACCCAAGUGAUGUAGGGUUUAAAAGUAUGUAUUGUAACAAUUUUAAUAUAUACACAAAGCAUUAUUAUGAUCAAUUUACUAAGAAGGUUACAUGUCUUAGAGAUACAAAUAAAGAUAUACAUUAUAACUGGAAAUUUUCGGAUACAUGUACUCUUCAUAAUAUGGCUAAAACAUUCCCAAAAUAUGAUAAAAGCCGUCAAAAAAUAGUAGAUGAUACAUCACGAUUGCCUAUAAAUAAAUGUGAAGAUCCUGGAGAUUCAAGAACUAUUAACUGUUACAUGCUUGAUGGAGUUCCUGUUACAUUGGAAGAAUUACCAACUAUAGACGUGAUUCCCUUGAAAUAUG